AUGGGGUGCAACGAGAGCAAUGUCAGUGACUACUUCAAAAAACAUCUCUUUCCCCAAGGUGCCACUACAAAAGUCCCAACUGGGAGUUUGUUUUCCGUGGCCAACAAGCAUAUAGCUCGUCACCUCCUACCCAGCCUCCCGACGGCGAUGGCACCAUGGGCAAUCACGCAGCCACAGCCUGACCUGCUCUAUGGCCAUCCAAAGACACCACCCACCUUCACCGAGGCACAGUUGAUUGCAUUAUUGGGGCUCCAUAGUCAGAUUCCAUUCUACGCACAGGCGUCCCCCGGUCUUUGGUUCCACUUCUUUACCGUCGAGUUCAAGGCUGCAGCAGGGACUGGAGGAAGUCUCUGGGCUGCGGCGAACCAGUGUGCUGGCGCUUCGGCCGCCUGCGUCCAGGCUAUUAACCAACUCAACAUAAGACUUGGAUAUGUCGGAUGCAAUGGACAUGUUCCUAAUAUCUGCUAUAGCCUCGCCAUCGAUAAUAGCCUUGCUCAGCUAUAUGUGUCGUGGGGAGCCGAGGACAAAGGCAAUCUGGUUAUCUACAUUCAGCGGGUAGGCUCUUUCUUGCUAUCAAGUCCGAAGCACUUCACAUGCAUCCAUCGGUGGGUGACAGCCAUUCUCAAUUGGGAACAAGGAGGCCGCCUGAGGAACAUCCAGCUCGCUCUAGAUUUUAUCCAAGACGAGAAGCAGGAGGUGGUGUCCGGAGUUGCCAAGUCUCGGCCGGGCCCGGAAGGCAGUCCAGGGGGGAAGAGAAGACGGUUAAAAUAA